AUGGGAAAGAUCAUCUUCUACGAAGACAGAAACUUUCAGGGCCGCUCUUAUGAGUGUAGCGCUGAUAGCUCUGACUUGCUUUCCUUCUUUAACCGAUGUGGCUCAAUCCGUGUUGAACAUGGGAACUGGAUGGUCUAUGAGUUCCCAAACUACAGAGGAUGCCAGUUUUUUUUGAAAAGGGGAGAAUAUCCUGACUUUGAGCAAUGCAUGGGCUUUGGGGACUCUGUGAGAUCCUGCAGGAUUAUCCCCCACCAGCAAACUUCAUGCAAGAUUAGAGUAUAUGAGAGAGAAGACUUCAAAGGCCAGAUGAUGGAGUUUACCGAAGAUUGCCCACAAGUGUAUGAAAAAUUCCGCUACCAUGACAUCCACUCCUGCAAUGUUCUUGAAGGACACUGGAUCUUCUAUGAGGAGCCCAACUACAAGGGACGCCAGUACUACCUGAGACCUGGAGAGUACAGAAGAUACAGUGACUGGGGUGGUGUUAACAGCAGAGUUGGUUCUUUCCGAAGAGCUGUAGACUUCCAUUAA